AUGAGCGAUAGAGUACAAGAAGCGAAUGUUGGCGAGUCCGCUGUUGACAAUGGUCUUGACAUGAAGACAUUAUUUGUGAGAUCAAUCCCUGAGAGUGUGACAGAUGAGCAACUUGCUGAUUUCUUUUCAAAUUUUGCUCCAAUCAGACACGCAGUGGUUGUUAAGGAUGUUAACAAGAAAUCAAGAGGUUUUGGUUUUGUUAGUUUUGCAGUUGAGGAUGAUACAAAGAUAGCUUUGAAAGAGGCUAGAAAGACUAAGUUGGAUGGUGCUCAAUUGAAGGUUGAUAUUGCUAGGAGAAGAGACCGUUCAGGUAAAAAUGAGGACAAGUCUGCACAAAAGGAAAUCGACAGGAACAGCAGUAAGAGAAGCUAUGGGGAUGAAAAUACUGAAGGUGGAGAAGAGGAUGAGUCAUCAUUAUUGAAGGGUAAGCCUAAGUUGAUUAUCAGAAACAUGCCAUGGAGCUGUAGAGACCCAACCAAAUUAAAGAAGAUCUUUGGAAAAUAUGGUGUUGUAGUUGAUGCUAGUAUUCCAAGAAAAAGAGAUGGUAAACUAUGCGGGUUUGCAUUUGUAACAAUGAAUAAAAUCAGCAACUGUAAGAAGGCCCUCGAAGACACAAAGAAUCUAACCAUUGAUGGAAGAAAAGUGGCUGUUGAUUUUGCUGUUCAGAAGAACAAAUGGGAAGAAUACAAGACUAAAUAUGAAAAAGAAGAUGACGAAGCAAAGGAUGACGGAAGUGAUUCCAGCUCCGAUAAAGAAGAUAAAAUAUCAGUUUCCGAUAGUGAAGGCGAUGAGGAUGGCGAAGAUGUAGAGGAAGAAGAAGAGGUAGAAGAGGAAAAGCCAAGAAAACAAAAGAAUAGAAGAGAGGACUUUUCUGUUUUUGUUAGAAAUGUUCCUUAUGAUGCUACAGAGGAGUCAUUGUUUGAUCAUUUCAGUAAGUUUGGUCCUGUUAAAUACGCUUUACCUGUCAUUGACAAGAACACCGGCCUCGCUAAAGGUACUGCGUUUGUUGCUUUCAAAGAUGAGAAGACAUACAAGUACUGUGUUGACAAUUCGCCACAAACAGGUGCUACUUCUUUGUUAAUUGGUGAUGAUGUAUUACCGGAAUACGUUUAUGAGGGCCGUGUUUUGGCAGUAACGCCAACACUUGAACGUGAGCAUGCUGACAGGAUUGCUGAAAAGAAUGCUGAAAAGAGAAAGGAAGCGUUGGGUAAGGGUACUGGUGAAAAGGACAAGAGAAAUCUCUACUUGUUGAAUGAGGGUAGAAUUGCAGAAGGUUCUCAAUUAGCAUCCUUGUUACCUGCAAAAGACAUGGAAAUUAGAGAGAAGUCAUAUAAGCAAAGAGUCGAACAAAUUAAAAAGAACCCAUCAUUAUUCUUGUCUAUGACCAGACUUGCUAUCAGAAAUUUGCCAAGAGCUAUGACAGAUAAGACUUUGAAGGCACUAGCAAGAAAAGCUGUAGUAGAGUUUGCCAAAGAGGUUCAAAACGGUGUAAGGCAUCCUUUGAGUAAAGAAGAAAUUGUACGUUCUACAAAAGAGAAAUAUAAAUUCAUGAACCCAGAAGAAAUCGAGCAGCAAAAGAAGAAGGACAAGAAGCAUGGUGUUGUCAAGCAAGCUAAAAUAAUUAUGGAAGUUAAAGGUUCCACUGUUGGAAGAAGUAGGGGUUAUGGUUUUGUUGAAUAUAAAGAUCACAAGCAUGCUCUUAUGGGCCUGAGAUGGUUGAAUGCUCAUAUGGUUACCACUGAAGAAAUAUUGGAAGGUAUGACAGAGGAGGAACAAAAAUCAAUUCAAGGUGACAUUUCUAAGGGUAGGCAUCUGUGUGUCGAAUUUGCAUUAGAAAACGCUGGUGUUGUCAACAGAAGAAGACAUCAUGAAAAGCAAAGUCGUGAAAUUUCCCGUAAGAGAAAGAGAGAUGAAUUUGACACCGAAACCAAAGCUAAGGAAGAAAAAGAUAAGCAAGAGUCCGAGAAGACUGGUAAAAGUGGUUUGUCCGAUGCGGUUAAAAAAGCUAUCGGUAUGAAACGUAAGAAGAGAAGAAUGGGGAAAAAAUAA